CUAAUGACGCGAUCAGAAAGCGACAGUUCGAAUCGUCUGAUUCAUUCUAAAGUGGCAGAAUGUGCCACUGCUGAUGCGGAAACGUCAUCAAAAUUAAAUUGAAUAGUACACAAUUAAAUAUGCAUUUUGUUUUUGAAUAGCUAAGCCCUUUGACCAUGAAGUUGGUUCAUAAAGACAUCGAGAAGGAUAAUGCCGGUCAGGUGACACUAAUACCUGAUGAAGCAGAGGAUAUGUGGCACACCUACAACCUACUGCAGGUGGGCGACAGCCUUAGAGCCUCAACCAUCAGGAAAGUGCAGACAGAGUCCUCUACAGGCAGUGUGGGCAGCUCACGUGUGCGCACCACACUGACUUUAUGCGUGGAGACGAUAGACUUCGAUUCCCAGGCAUGUCAGCUCAGAGUCAAAGGGACAAAUAUCCAGGAGAACCAGUAUGUGAAGAUGGGUGCCUAUCAUACCAUUGAACUGGAGCUCAACAGGAAGUUCACUCUUGCCAAAAAAGUCUGGGACAGCGUGGUGUUGGACAGAAUUGAGCAGGCAUGUGACCCCGCUCAGAAAGCAGAUGUGGCUGCUGUUGUGAUGCAGGAAGGUCUGGCCAAUCUAGUUCUCGUGACUCCAGCCAUGACCUUGCUAAGGGCAAAGGUUGAGGUCACCAUCCCCCGUAAGAGAAAAGGCAGUUGCACUCAACAUGACAAGGCAUUAGAGAGAUUUUAUGAGGCUGUCAUGCAGGGCAUUCUUAGGCACUUCAAUUUUGAUGUGGUGAAAUGUAUACUGGUGGCCAGUCCUGGAUUUGUGAAAGAUCAGUUUAUCUCGUACCUGUUUAAAGAGGCUGUGAGGCAAGACUGUAAAAUACUACUGGAGAACAGGCCCAAAUUCAUGGUGGUGCACUCCUCAUCUGGACACAAGUAUUCACUCAAAGAAGUGCUGUGUGAUCCAGCAGUCACGGCCCGGUUGUCUGACACCAAGGCAGCUGGAGAGGUUAAGGCUUUGGAAGACUUUUACAAGAUGCUUCAACAGGAGCCUGAUCGAGCUUUCUAUGGACUGGCUCAUGUGGAAAGAGCGAGUGAAGCUUUAGCCGUUGACAUCCUGCUCAUCAGUGACAAACUAUUUAGACAUCAAGACAUAGCCACUCGUAGCCGAUAUGUUCGGCUUGUGGACAACGUGAAGGAAAAUGGAGGAAAUGUCAGAAUAUUCUCAAGCCUUCACGUAUCUGGAGAACAGCUGAAUCAGUUGAGUGGAGUGGCGGCCAUCUUGAGGUUCCCCAUUGCUGACAUGUCUGAAGCUGAGGACGACAGCAGCACUGAUGAAGACUAACGUUAAGCAGUCAUGCAAAAGGAUUUGGUAUGAAAGACCAGAAAUUCUUCAGUUAGGACUACAUGGAAUGAGACUCUAUGGCCUUUAAUAAAGGAUUUGAAAUCAGUUGAAACAUCAUAAAACACUGGGAUAAUUAUGAUUUAUUAUCUUCAGAGCUCUGAAGAAUGGCAAAAAGUAUUGAAAGUCAUUACUUUAUUAAUCCCGUAUGCAAAGUGGGUUUUCUGCGUUCAUUGAAACAACAUUUAUUUGUAAAUAAUUGCAAAUUAAUUUAGAGUUUUAAGGCAUUACAGAGCUGUGGAUGAUUUGCAUGGAUUUGGACACAGGUACUUAAACUGCAACGCAUCCUUGCAAUGCACCCUUUUCAGAGAAGAGCAUUUGCAAAUGAAAAACAAACCAAAUUAAGGAAGAAAAUGUGCAGGUUUCUAUAACAAACACUCCCCCCAACGAGCCAGGUUUGAAAACUGUGAAAGUUCAAAUGUUUUUCUAAAACACCCAUUUGUUCCAAUUUUUGAAAUUCAUUGUCAGAGUAGAUUGGAGCGUAUUUAGAAAUUGCUAUGCAUAUUUAACCAAUCAUCAGCGUCACAGUUUGUUACACAAAAAAUAGUUACAGGUGCAAAACAUAAACACUUAUGCUAUGAAAUCUAUUUACAAUAUCACACACAUUUUAGUCUCCAGUAGCAAUACAAAUAUAAGUUACCUAGCCAUGCAGGAGCAGCUUCCAGACAAUAUGUAUCUUAGAUUUAAAGUAGCUGUUUUGUUGACAGUGAACCAUGUUUUAUAGUGUAUUCCGGUCAUUUAGAAAAGAUUGUUUUUUAAAAAAAAAAAUUUUAAUGCACGUAAAUGGCACCACAAAGCCCAGCGUUUUCAAGUUGGGGGGCAUGUUGGUAAAAAAUACAAUAGAUGCAGAAUCUAUAUUAACUAGUUAUUUCAUUUACGAAAAAAAUAGCAAAGGUGCAUGUACAAAAUAUGAUUGUACUGUGCAAUUACAAUAGAAUAUAUAAUAUUCAGUUUACAGCAAUUUAUAAUUUAACAAAACCAUAAAGCAAAAAUACACCCGACGUGCAUUCCGCAGUCAGCAUUUUGUAGAAGUAGAUUUAAAAAAAAAAAAAAAUCUUGUGUAAAUAUUUUUUUGUUUUAAGUAGAUAAGGUUUAUUGCUAUAUUAAACUGACCGAAGUGGAGUGUUUUCACUUGACAUCGGAAUUGCAACUUUGCCAGUUCCUUAAUAUCAACUUCCCAGGAGGACACACACAUCAUUACACAUCACUGUCACGGCAGUAGCUCUGAUCACAAAUGUUGAAAUGACAUCUCCCUCAAAAGAAUAUAUUUGUAUAAUCUAUACACGUAGUUGCUUUUUCACUACAGGAGCAUGCUAUAACAGUACAGACAGAGGACACAGAACAUACUUUCUAGUGGCCAUGUGUCAACAGUGGUUUAGGAGUAUACUUUUUAAAAGGCUGUGCAUUUGGCUGUACUUUAACAUUUGUAUUUAACUAUACUUAAACUAGGCUUAAAGUGAAUACUACAUUAAGUCAUUUCUAAUAACAUCCAUAAAUUAACACUAAACCUCAAAUUAAAUCUGAAUUCAGUCAUGUUUACUAAACAUAAAAUAUUUGUGUACCUCUCACUCAGAUUAAAAUCUUGGUCUGACAGACGUCUCUUCUUUUUAGGAAUGUGUAAGUAGUCAUUUGUGCUUCUUUAAAAAUGACUGCGUAUGUUGAUAUGUUAUGAUUAUAGCUCAUUUUUCAUUUUAUGCACAUGCCAGGACGGUAAAUUUGAAUGUCAGCCUCCUGUAAAACUGUCACCACUGUGAAUCGAAGAUGUGUCUGGGUAGCCAAAUGGUUAAAGGAGCACUUACUCCAAUCUCUAGAUAUAGCUCGGGGACAACUUUUUGUUUUAAUAAUUUUACAAAAUUUUAUUUUCGUUUUUUUUUCAAUGUGUUGUCAGAUUUGACAGUGUUGAAAAUGUUAAAUAUCAAUGCAUACUCUUAAAUGGAAACUGAUUUCUCCAAUUGUGCUUUGAUAGUAUAACAACAAGUCCAGCUUGUUUAAUUCAAGUAAUAUUUUAUGCUCAUAUACAAUUCAUAUUUGACAUAUGUAGCACCAUGUAAAUAAAGCACAUUUGUUAACAGUA